AUAAAAAGUUCAGACACAAGCCGUUCCUCACACAGUCGUCAUAAUGAGUUUCAACGGUAAAGUUGUGAUUGUAACUGGUGCUAGUUCUGGCAUUGGUGCCGCCACCGCUAAGGCAUUUGCUAUACGCGGCGCUAAAAUUGCGCUCGUUGGCCGCAAUGUCGAUAAUCUUAAAGCUGUCGAAUCAGACUGCAAGGCAGCCAACAGCAAUGCUGAAUUGCUGCUCAUUCCAGCCGAUGUCACCGUCGAUGCUGAGCGUAUCAUCAAUAAAACAGUGGACGAAUUCGGACAAUUGGAUGUGCUUGUCAACAAUGCCGGUAUUUUGGCUUACGGCAGCAUUUUGGAUAUUGAUGUAGAGCAAUUCGACUCGUUGCUUAAUACUAAUUUACGUUCGAUUUUCCUGCUCACCAAGUUGGCCGCACCGCACCUCAUCAAGACGCAAGGUAAUAUAGUGAAUGUUUCGAGUGUAGCUGGCACGCGCACCUUUCCCAACACCUCCAGCUAUUGCACCUCUAAGGCGGCAGUUGAUCAGUUCACUAGAUGUAUUGCCUUGGAUUUAGCGUCGAAAAAUGUGCGUGUAAAUGCCGUGAAUCCUGGUGUGGUCGUGACGGACAUUCAUGCGCGCAGUGGCAUGACUGAGGAAGCUUAUGCUGAUUACAUGCGUCGCGCCAAGGAAACGCACGCGCUCGGACGUGUAGGCACUACGAAGGAAGUGGCCGAUACCAUUGCAUUUUUGGCCAGUGACGAGGCAACCUUCAUCACUGGCGCCACCGUGCCUGUGGAUGGUGGCAAGCAAGCCAUGUGCCCGCGUUAAAAGCGAGAAAUAAACAUCAGUGUGAAUGUA